AUGCCGAAGUACGACGACACGCCGGAGACCGCGCUCUACUUCAUCUUCGUCACACAAGUCCACUUUUGUGCGAUGUAUGCUGUCGUGGUCUGGGAUUGGUUCUUUGGCCUCCAGCGGGAGUGGCGCUUCAUCUGGAAGACGAGCUGGACGCCAGUCAAGGUCGCGUACCUGCUCUGCCGGUACUGGGUCCUGGCCGUCGUCCCAUACCUCCUCUGGGCGUUUGCCGUCAACCACUCCCUCGAGACGUGCCAGCGAAUCUUCAGGAUCCCCGUCUCCCUGGCGAUGUGGAAUCAAGUCGCGGCGGAGUGCAUCCUCCUAAUUAGGACGUACGCCUUCUUUAACCGCAACAUCUACAUCCUCGCGUUCCUCGUGUCCGCUCUCGCGGGCGUGGUGUCGUACCAGCUGUACGUCGCCACGUCGCAGAUGCUCCUCCUCCCGUUCCUUCCCGGAAGUGCUUCUGGACCGUGUUUCCCGAGGUCAAAGCCUCAUUCUGCCCACCUUCUCGGAUUUUUCAUUGCACCUCUACUCUACGACACCGUAGUUACCUUCAUGACUGUUGGCAAGGCCAUCUCCAUCCGGCGCCGCAACGGUGGACCCAGCAGCCGCCUCAUCCAGACGUUCCUUCGCGAGGGUGUCUUUUACUACAUUCUCAUCUCAUUCGCCAACUUGGUCAACGGCAUCUUCUAUCUUCAGCCCCGUCAAGCUAUCUCCGCUAUCUGCAUACCUCUCAGUGUCAUGCUGUCGCCCGUCCUCGCAUGCCGGCUUAUCCUCGACCUCCGCGAGCGCGGGUCCGAAACCGUCAGCCAUAACCAGUCCACGGGCACCAUCGCGUUCACCGCCGGCGUUACCUCGACCAAGUCAAAUCCAGGGUCUCCCUUCUCUGGUUUGGGUUUCGGCUUCGGAAUGCAAGGACGCGGCGGCUCAAAGACAAUUGUGCGUCCGCAGGGGGUUGUGUUGAGCACCAUUGGCAGCAUUCCCGGGGACGGGAUGACGACGAGUAUGAGCGGCCUGGAGUUGGACCACAUGCACGGGUACAAAGCGGACGUGGAGGCAGCGGUCUAUAGCGGGGAGAUGGGCCUGGGUAGCCCUGUCAGCGGAAUCAGGGUGGAAGUCGAAAAGACGACCAUGUAG